UUUCAGUAAACCUUCUCCAACUCCGAGAUGGAGAAGUGAAGUAUAUUAAUGUCACUGAACAUCCUUAUUUUGUCCUUAUAUUGUUUGGGCGACGACAAGAUUCUCCUCUCUACUUCGUAUUUUCUCAAAAACUCUCUCCUUCUUUUACCGUUUUAGUAAGUUUCUCUCUCUGGGUGUUUUGUGAUUCGGCCAUGGAGGUGUCUCUGUCUUCAGCAACCUCGAGAGGUUACACAUAUAACUCAUCACCAGAGCCGUUUCUGCUUAAAAGAGUGAAACUUCCUACUUGGGAUCGUCAUUUAUUGUCCCUCUCUCCAACCAGAGUAAGACCACAACCUUUAUUUGCUCAAACUGGACCCCACUAUGCUAAGGAUAAAUCUGUGAAGGUUGUAUGUUGUCUAAAGAGGGAAGCUACUGUAGUCGUCGAGGGCAGGUGUAUAGAUGAAGUAUACGAUGCUUUGGCCGAACGCCUUGUUCCUACAGCAGCAGCAAUGUCAAAUCCAAAUUUGAAGUAUAUUGUUGGUUUGGCUGGGUCUCCUGGAUCUGGAAAGAGCACUAUUGCGUCUGAAGUAGUGCGACGUGUAAACAGAUUAUGGCCCCAGAAAGCUUGUGCUUUGGAUUCUCAAGUUAGUCCUCCAGACGUGGCUAAAGUUAUUCCCAUGGAUGGGUUCCAUCUUUAUUGUUCCCAGCUGGAUGCAAUGGAGAAUCCUGAGGAAGCUCAUGCAAGGAGGGGAGCUCCAUGGACCUUUAACCCUGAGCUACUACUCAAGUCUCUCAAGACUCUGAGAAGUCAGGGAUCAGUUUAUGCACCGUCAUUUGACCAUGGUGUUGGUGAUCCAGUAGAAGAUGAUAUCUUUGUGAGCCUUCAACAUAAAGUGGUCAUAGUAGAAGGAAAUUAUUUAUUGUUAGAUGAUGGGAUUUGGAAGGAAAUAUCAGCCAUGUUCGAUGAGAAGUGGUUUGUUGAGAUUGACAUUGAUAAAGCUAUGGAACGAGUUCGAAUGAGACACAUCUUAACGGGAAAGCCCCCAGAUGUUGCUAAAUGGCGGAUUGAGUACAACGACCGGCCAAAUGCUGAGAAAGUAAACAAAUCAAAGAAGAAUGCCGAUUUGAUAAUUAGGUCAAUCGACUAUUGAAGCCGGAAGGCGAUCCGCCCUGCUGGUCGUACCAGUAAACGAAGCUUUGGUUGUCUUAUCUGUUUUUCAUCCAAUUUAUGCAAACUCAAGUCCUAACAAGUAUGAAAGUGUUCGAAGAACAUCAAAUAAACCAUUUAAUAAAGAGAGUUUUGUAUGCAA